CACCUCUAAUGACACAGAAAACUUCCAUAACUUUGUUAAUGGACAAACAAAGUCUUCGAAAAUAUGCCAUUAAUAUUAUGAAAAAAUUCUUGGCACGAGAUUUGGCUAUGAAAUCUACUGCUAUGAAGAAAGUACCAGGAAAGGAACUUUUCAAAGAUUAUGAUAUGUACACAUGUAUUGUUGAUCUAUUAAGCGAAAAAUUUGCGCUUUCCGAAGAAGACGUCCUUACCCACAUUGGAGUUGUCUUCGCUAAUUCUAAAGAUUGGGACGGAGGAAGAAAGUCAAGGACACGCAAGUCCAACGAGUCAAAUGAUUUUUAAAUAUUACAUUAAUUUUGAUCAUUUUUUUAUUGAAAAGCUAAUUCUUUGAUAAU